CAUUAGUGAACAUCACUACUAUAAUAAUACAUUAAUUCCAACAUCUGUUAAUUAACAUCCCAUCGAAAUAAUGAAUAUCUAUCUGACAAUUGUGGUCGUGUUGUGCGCCGUUGGGGCGAGUUUGGCGAUAACAGAAGCGCCCGUACUUAAGACCCGGGAGUUAAACCACAUCAAAGGUGGGGACAGGGAAACCGAGUUUGAGUGCACGUAUAAAUUGGACACUGGUGAGACAUUCAAGGAAUUGACCGUCAAAAAACAAGGCAAGGACGCUUCCACCUGGAAUACAGUAUUCACGCAUACUGGUGAAACUGAUGCUACUUCAGGCAAAGUUGAUGGUGAAAUCGCUGAGGGAGAAAUAACCAUCCCGGAUAAGAAAAAGAACGUAUUCAGGGUCAAAAAGGCGACUAAAGUGGAUGGCGUUUAUAAAUGUAAUGUGGAUCCCGUCACAGGAUCGGGCAAAGAGGUCCAAGCAACUGUGAAAGCCCUACGAGAAACCGUUGAAUUCAAAAUUCACGAAAAGGACGCCAAGGAUAACAGCCUUGAUUUCAAAGCCGAUCAGCAAUUGGACGCUAGUUUGGAGUACGAGUUGGCCGACGGCGACGGUGUCUUCAUUAAAGCCGAGUUCAAAAAGGAUGAGGCCGUUUACCUCACACUGACUGCCGGCUCGGGCACUGACGCCGAUAAGAUCGCGAAGGCCGACCAGAAGGAUAAGGGUGUGAAAGAGGGCGACGUGGUUGACGCCAAACGGGAUAAGGACAAGAAACUGAUCACUUACUCCAUUAAGAACGCCUAUAAGGAAACGGGCGGCAAAUUCAAAGCUGUUUUCUACUACAAGCUGAAGGCGGCCGACGCUGACCCCGCCCUCCAGUUUGACUCCAACGAAGUCGAUUUGAAAUACACCGGCGCUGCUGCGACUACCAUGCUCAGUUUCGCAUCCAUUAGCACGUUAUUAUUGGCCCUAGUUGCUGUGCGAUCAAACCUUUAAUUUAUUUUUCAAUUCACGUAAACAUUAACUAAUAAUUGUUUUAUAUUUUAUACGGAUUUGUAUUUAUUAUGAAUUAAUUCUCUUUCAAAUUGCUUUC